UGACGCAACACGCAGUCCAGAGUCACAUGAGCCCGUUUUCAGAGCCAAUAUUUUUUUUGUUUUAUUAUUUAUUUAUGUGGCGCUUGUUGUCUUCUCGCAGUGACAAUUCUCGCUUUAUAAUCUUAAAGACGGUUUUAAAAUAAAUAAAUAAUCCGACAUGGACGAGGACGGGCUGCCCAUUGUGGGUUCCGGUGUUGAUCUCACCAAGGUCCCUGCUAUUCAACAGAGAAGAGUUGUUGCCUAUCUCAAUCAGUUUGUCGUGCACACAGUCCGGUUCCUGAACCGUUUUUCCACAGUUUGUGAAGAGAAACUUGCAAACAUAUCUCUCCGCAUACAACAGAUUGAAACAACCCUGUGUAUUUUGGAAGCUAAGCUGUCUUCAAUUCCUGGGCUGGAGGAUGUCACAAUAGAUGGAAUCAGUCAGCGGCAACCUGCUCAAGCCAAUGGACCCACUACUGCUAAUCAGAGCCAAACAGAUGGUCCACCAGCAGAGCCCUUGCCUCCCCCAGAGCCCGCUCAGACUGGACCAGACCCUGCGACGACACAAAAAGCAGAAGCAGUUGCAGAGAAUGUCAUGACAGUGGCCAAAGACCCACGUUAUGCCCGCUACCUGAAAAUGGUUCAAGUGGGAGUUCCAGUUAUGGCUAUAAGGAAUAAAAUGGUGUUGGAGGGUUUGGAUCCUAACUUGCUCGACACGCCGGAUGCCCCCGUGCCCGACGGAGGAACGAGGAGCGCAGAGGAUCAAGAUGUCGCCGCCACCAGCUCCGACAGCGAAUCAUCUUUCAGUGACUGACCUCUGUCCUCUGUCCACACCACCACGAAGCUUCCUGUAAAGCUCAACCAUCGCUGUUCUGAGCUUCUGUAGGCCUGUACUCAGAAAGAGACAUAGGUUUUACUGUGCCCGUAAAGGGGUACCAGCCAGAAGGUGUAAAUGUAAGUGCCUGGAGCAGGAGAAUCCAACCAGAGUGAUUGUAAUUUCAGUGUAAAAGAGCUGAAAUAGUUUUGCUUAUGGUCAGUGACCUGCUCAGUUUUGAUACAUUUUUGAUGAUUUUCCAUGUUGAUUAUGUUAGCAGUAGUCCUCAGAAUAUGGCAGUAGCAUGUAAUUUUUGUACAAAUGUAAUUAUAUACUGUAUAAGUUACUGCUUUUUCUUUGGUUGUCACACUACUAAUCACAGUCUAAUGCCUUUUUAAAGAGAUACAUUCAUCAGUUAAAAGUUAUGCCUCUUUGUUACAGGGUCUAGAUAAAAUAGAAAACAAGUAUGUCGGAUGCUUUGAAUGUUUAACACAUACGUUGUAAUUCCAGGCAAGAACAAUAUCACAGUAAUCUUUCAGUAUCAAUAUACAGUUAUAUCGAAAUACCAGUUUAAUAGGAAGGAGAAUCACAUGUCUUUCAGCAUGUGAUUCUCCUUCCCAAAAAUCAGCUGGAGUACCACAGACUGCUUAAAACCAGCUGUUUCUUCUUUAUUUUUCUUUACAAAAACUUUGAUUUUAAUAUGUUGACAUAUGAAUAAUAUCCAUGUUAUAAAUUAGUGUCUUAUCACAGAGGAUCAUCAUGCAUUUUCCAUUGUUUUACCUUGUUAACCACUACACAGUGAGUGGAUAUUUUCUCUUCUCUGUGAUCGCCAAUAUUAGCAGGUGGCCAUGUUGGAGGAACAAAAACUACAGUGUGUUCAGUGUCAGGCCUCUGUUGCAUUGUAUUGUUAUUUUUAGAACAUUAGUCCGUUUGUAAAGUAUUCAGACCCAUUUGCUUUUUGCGCACUUCAUUGUAUAAUAAAAAUAAGACGGCGUAAAUUUAAACACAAUCAUUUCAAAGCCAAAAUAGAGAUUUUUGCUAAUUUAAAAAUGAAAAAAUAUGAAAUCUGAAUACUUUCCGAAGCUGCUUUAUGUGUCUUCAUUUACAAUACAGGAAAAAACUCUUUAUAUCUCAUUAUGUCACAUGAAACACAAUAAUGUAUUGACUGGCGCUGCUUUGAAUCCAUGCAUUUUUCCACCGACAUGUCUCUUAAUCUUUGCUUGGAUUUGCAGAGUUUUGUUCAAUGUCUGAAGUAAGAGUGGAACGGAGAGUAAACACACUUGCACUAAGAAGUACAUUUUGCAGCUUUGUUUGUGUUGCGUAUGUUGCUUGUAGUUAAGACUCUUUAUCAUUACAGUCAACAGGACUAAAAUAGCAAGCAAAGAACUGUUGAGAACUAAAUAAAUUGUUGUAUUCAUGAGAUUUCUAUGAAUGGAUAUUUCACUAUAAUGACUGUGAACAAGUUGGUGUGGAGACGUCUGGAAAGCACUUUGUUUACAAAAGCAAGAGGUUUUUGAUCUGUAAUAAACACUCAAACAGUUUGCUUU